GGGUACGCGUGUGGAGUGAGACGGGGAGCGAAGCGAAGGGGCGCGGGACUCCCGGAGCCUUGGCUGCGGAUCAGGGGCCCGCCGCCGACCGCUAGCGGGAUCGGAGUAGUGGGCAGAGCCGAUCGCUCGCCGGCUAGGACACCGCCCGCCUGGCGCCGCUUCCCGCGCAGCUAGGGGACCGGCCCGGCCGCGCCUUCCUCCGCGCAUUCGCCGGGAACGCAGAGUGGGCGCUUGUAGGAGCGCGGCCCCAGCAUCUUCUGAGACUAGGGCUCAGUUUCGGGCGGAUGCUGCUCGCGCUGGACGCUGGCCUCCGGAGAAUCUGAUCCGCCCGCCGGGAGGAGGAGGCUCGGCCGGGGAUGAGGGUGUCCCCACCUGAAGAGGACAAGUUGGAUACCAAGCCAUGCCCCUGAGCUGAGGGCCAGCUGCCAGCCUGAGGAGCCCCAUGGCACCGCCUGUACCCAUGGAGAAAGGACUCACUUUGCCCCAGGACUUUGUACACAGUCUGAAGAUCCGGGGCAAAUAUGCCUUGUUCCUGGCAUUUGUGCUCAUAGUUUUUGUCUUCAUUGAAAAGGAAAACAAAAUUAUAUCCAGGGUCUCUGACAAGCUGAAGCAGAUCCCUCAAUUUGUGGCAGAUGCCAACAGCACGGACCCAGCCCUGCUUUUAUCAGAAAACGCAUCUCUCUUGUCCCUGAGCGAAUUGGAUUCUGACUUUUCCCAGCUGCAGAGCCGCCUGCACAAUCUCAGCCUGCAGCUGGGCGUCGAGCCAGCGAUGGAGGCCCAGGGGCAGGAGCCUGCGGCAGAGAAGCCAUCCCACCAGGCUGCAGCAGGGCACCGACGCCACGUGCUCCUCAUGGCCACCACCCGCACCGGCUCCUCAUUCGUGGGCGAGUUCUUCAACCAGCAGGGCAAUAUCUUCUACCUCUUCGAGCCACUGUGGCACAUCGAACGCACCGUGUCCUUCCAGGCAGGAGGUGCCAGCGCGGCGGGCUCAGCACUCGUCUACCGUGACGUCCUCAAGCAGCUAUUGCUGUGCGACCUGUACGUGCUGGAGCCCUUCAUCAGUCCACCCCCUGAGGACCACUUGACUCAGUUCCUCUUCCGCCGGGGAUCCAGCCGCUCGCUCUGCGAGGAUCCAGUGUGCACACCCUUCGUCAAGAAGGUCUUCGAGAAAUACCACUGCAGGAACCGUCGUUGCGGACCACUCAAUGUGACCUUAGCGGCAGAGGCCUGCCGCAGUAAGGACCACAUGGCCCUCAAGGCUGUGCGCAUCCGUCAGCUGGAGUUCCUGCAGCCGCUGGCAGAGGAUCCGAGGCUGGACCUGCGAGUCAUCCAGCUGGUGCGCGACCCCCGAGCAGUGCUGGCCUCACGCAUGGUGGCUUUCGCGGGCAAGUACGAGAGCUGGAAGAAGUGGUUGACAGAGGGGCAGGACCGGCUAAGCGAGGAUGAAGUGCAGCGGUUGCGGGGCAACUGUGAGAGCAUCCGCCUAUCUGCCGAGCUGGGCUUGCGGCAGCCAGCGUGGCUGCGUGGGCGCUACAUGCUAGUGCGCUAUGAGGAUGUGGCACGCAGGCCACUGCAAAAGGCCAGAGAGAUGUAUGGCUUCGCAGGCAUCCCCUUGACCCCACAGGUGGAGGACUGGAUCCAGAAGAACACACAAGCGGCCCGCGACAGCAGCGACGUCUACUCGACUCAGAAGAACUCCUCUGAGCAGUUUGAGAAGUGGCGCUUUAGCAUGCCCUUCAAGCUGGCACAGGUGGUGCAGGCUGCCUGCGGCCCGGCCAUGCACCUCUUUGGCUACAAGUUGGCCAGAGAUGCUGCCUCGCUCACCAACCGUUCCAUCAGCCUGCUGGAGGAGCGGGGCACCUUCUGGGUCACGUAGUGAGGGAUGCCCAGGACCCUGGGAAUCCCUUCUCAUGAAAUGCUGGCCCUGCUUCCCUCACACCCAGCCUGGCAGUGAAACAGCCCUGGCAGAGAGUCAGAAUGGGGAGCAGUGAUGGGGGUAUAGGCCCUGGCUGUAGCUGCAUGCCUCCGGCCAGCUAGUUUCCCCAGUGCAGCCGCAGCCAGGACUUCGGGGCUCCUCUGAGGACAGCAGUGCCCUGUGUCCUUGGUGAUACUGGUCAUUCCCACACACUUUAUGGCCUGCAGUGUCCUAAGCAGAUCCAGGCUGGUUCCUGUGUAUGGACACACCUCCCCGGCUCUGCCCCACACUGUCACAAAAACAUGCUGCACACAAAGGCCUGUAGCCUGUGUGGGCCAGAGUCCAAAUAUUUAACAACCAGAAGGGCGUAGGCCCGCUCCACUCACUCAGAUCUCCUACUAUAUUGAAUGUUAACCUUUUCCGCUCUGAGUCAGAAAAGCCUAGGAUCUGGCUGAGUCUUUAGAAGAAGGAGGACAGUCUAGGGUGAGGAAGGGGAUAUUUGAAGUUCCUGAGGGGACAAUGGCUGUUUACCAACUGAUACAAAGGGGUUUGAUUAGCCGUUCUGGCUACUCACGAAUAUCAGCCAAAGUGCAUGUAGAGAGAGCAAGGCUGGGGCUGUGGCUCAGUGGUAAAGUUCUUGCCUCUCAUGCACA